AUGAAAGCAAUUCUAGCCUCAUAUAAUGACGAGGACAUUUACCUAUUCGAUGCUCGGGAUAGUCGUCGACCUCCGCUACAUAGAUAUUGUGGCCACCGCAACAUGCAAACUGUUAAAGGUGUCAGUUUCUUUGGACCAAACAGCGAGUAUAUAGUCAGUGGGAGCGAUGAUCGAUACAUCUACAUCUGGGACCGUGAGUCUGAGGGCUUAGUUCAGUGGAUUUUGGCCAGCCAGACCGGAGUCGUCAAUGCAAUCGAGCCACAUCCAAGUUUACCGGUUUUGGCUACUGCAGGGCUUGAUUAUGAUGUUAAAAUCUGGUCUCCUAUAUGCGCCCGUUCUCCUUGGCCUUCACCACAUUGCUUUGAUGGUUCCAGUAAAGCAUCAGCUAAAAUAAGUACCUCUGUUGAUCUCCGAUUAGGUGCUACUCGUGGCAGCGAUGAAAUUCGAGACUCCUAUUUGGCCAAAUCAUUAUUUUCAUCUAAAGAGCUGUCUCGGGAUUCGGUAUUCAUAGACGACCACCUUGGAACAAACAGACCAGGCAUAGAUAGUAGCACUUCGUCCUCUGGUAUUGAUUGCAUUAGCAGUGAAGACGCAGACAAGAGUACGAAUAUAAUGCCGGAGGUUCUGGAGAACAACUCUAAGCAAUUGAAUAAACUGGAGCCUGAGAUAAAUUACAAGAAAUUUAAAGUUCCUUCUGAAAAACGUUUAUCAAACACUGAUUAUUAUUCUAGUAAUGAAUCAAUAAGUGAUGAUCCUGAAUCACACAACCAAGCCCGGGCACUACUUGGCGCGACGAUUAACUCCGUUGCUCCUCGGCUUUCAGAGGAUUCAAGUGACGACGAAGAAGCUUCAGAACUGCGUCUUGAUAAGGUUCGUGAACAGCUCAUUAGAGCCACCACAGCCGAUUUAAUUACUGGCCAACUUAACUGUGUACAAUCUGAUAUGAAUUCUAUUGUAAGUCAACCUGAUGCGAAAGCAACCCACGCCAAUGGCGACUCCUGUUCAAUCAGAUUGGCCUCAAUAGGCAAACGAAGCCUCGGUUUAGUCUCUCUGGAUAAUGAAGGCGGCUGCCAAAGUGAUUUUAACACUGAAUCUCAGAGAGCUCUUGAUGAUGAGAAGCGUCAAGAAGAUAGCCGAAGUAGUAUGCCAUUCAGGUCCGAAAGGAAAUUGGGGUCGGAUGCAAGUGGGUCGAUGAGUUCUAUGCCAAAACGUCCGCGAUUCUAUUCACCAUCUUCUCCACUGCAGCCCGGACUUGGCAUUAGUGCAGUUUUUUCAUCAGCUUCUGCCCAUUCUCUCAACUCGCCAUCUUCUCCUAACUCUCCAUCACCAUUACCCUCUGCUUCCACAUCUUCUAAUCGUUCAAUCCAGCCAGUAGAUUAUUCUGCUAAUAACUUGUCAGAAACCGCAGGAUUAAAUUCUGACGGCAAGUUAAUUAUCUCACAGAUCCCCAGUGUUUCAAACAGCCAUAUUGUCUCCAGCCCUCAGAUUUCCAGUUCUAGCCUUGACGCAUCUGAGGCCCAGCUACGCGAUCGGUUGCGUAGUCUUUUUUCAUUCGUGGAAGCCAAGAAAAAAAGUGAUAUGUCGCGGCUCGGUUCUUGUUUAUCUGAGGCGAGUUAUUUAACUUCAUAUUAA